AUGCCUUCAGCGGUGGCACGACGGCUGUUCGAGGACCAAAUACCGUCGAUAAUGUCAGUAUACGAGGUGGACAGCGGCAUCACAGAUAUGGACCAGUCCAACCCCGUCACCAUCGUGGACCACAAGCUGGUCAUGGGGGACGACGCGAAGCUACCGGGGGAUGCACAGCCAGGGUUACGGCCCAGCGCAUUGCCGUCGGAUGCGGUGCACAGACACCAUGACAGCGCAUCAACACAAGCCAUGACCGAGUCCGCCGACUCGUCGCCCACAACAACACUGUCCAUCGCCGACUCGUCCGACCUCUCGGACCCUUCCCCGUCGUCGUCUCCCGACUCACCCGUCAACCUCGCGCCUCUGCCCAGCUUUGCGCCCAGCUUCGCGCCCAGCUUUGCGCCUACCCCCUUUCGGCGCCUGUCCAGCAUGGCCAACCUGACCGUCUCCGACCCAAACCGCGAUCGGCCCAUGACGUCCCCUGGGCCCCGGCGGCUCAAGAACAUGAAAGGCCUGUCCAUCCAGCCGCCCUCGAUGGCCUCGUCAACGGCCGUCCUGUCGGAACCCGCUUCGCCUUCCUUCAUCAAACCCACAAUUGCGCCCAUGAAGCGCAAGCCAAGCCAGCUCAGUCUCAAGACGAACACCACCGAUCUCCUCGCGCGCACCACGCUCGAGAUCCCCAGCUCUCCCACCGUGGCAGCAGUGCCCAUGCUCCAGCGCCGGGCCCUGAAGCACUCGACGUCGACGCCGCAGAUGCUUUCGGGACUCCGGUCUGCGACGUUUGGCCCGCCCGGCGGGAUGACAAUACCGACAGUCUUGGAGCGCAACGAAUCCGGUCUCUCUACCUUUUUUCGCCCUUCGCGGUCGACGGAAGGGCCCGGGAGGACCUCGACCAUCAGGGAAGAGGACUCGCCCAUCCGGACGCAAAUAGCGAACCGCAUCGCCUUCGACACGGAACCCUACCAUGAAGUGGAGAACAACGAGGACCAGAAGUCGCCCGGCUACCCGCAAGGCCCAAUUGCCAUCUAUGGCGAUAAUGUGUAUUUGUACCUGGAACCAACUGCCGAGGAGGCGUCUCGCUUCGACGUGGUCAUCAACGUGGCCCGCGAAGUUCGCAAUCCCUUUGACACCAGUGCCAAAGACCAGCCAACGCCAGAGUUCAAGGAGAAGCCCGAUGAGGACUCGCCGAUUCCAGAGACGGCCAUGACUGCCGCCAGUUUCACGACGGCGUACGAGUAUUUCCCCGAGGAUGCCGGGGGUGACACGCCGACAACUCCCAAGGCGCAACCGUUCAAGGAGCCCGAGUACAUCCACAUGCCGUGGGACCACAACACCGACAUCUCGCCGGACCUGAUGUCGCUUUGUGAGACGAUCGACAAGCGCACCAAGGAAGGGAAGAAGGUGCUGGUGCAUUGCCAGCAGGGCGCGAGCCGGUCGGCCAGUCUGAUCAUUGCCUAUGGGCUGUAUCAGAAACCCGAGCAGAGCGUCAACGACGCGUACCAUGCGGCGCAGGCUAAGAGCCGGUGGAUCAGCCCGAACAUGCGCCUGAUGUACUGCCUGCAGGAUUUCCAAAAGGAAAACGCAAAGAAGAGGCUCGCGCCUAGUGCGGGCGCCAAGCCACGCCUGGCCCUGGGGAAGAGCCCUACCCACCGAGCGACCAUGUCGGCGGACAACAUCGAGACGGCCGCGAAGGAGCCAUUGACGGCCCCCUUGCCCGCCGACGGCCCCACGAUGUCGAACCACGGGGACCGCGAGAGCAGCCCCAACCGAGGGAGGGGGACCUCAACCCCCAAUAAUCGCGGGGAACCCAUCUCCCCAGGGCCCUCGUCGGCCCCGUCGAGCUUUACGUGGUCCGAGAAGGAGGACGAGGCGGAUCCGGGCAAGUUUGGGCGGUUCAACCUUGAUUCGCUGGUUGCGCCAAAGCCAGACGACCCCCCAUUCCCACCUCCGUCUUUCUCCGUCUCCCGGCCUCCGCCAUCACCGGGGCUGGGUAGCUUCACCAUUUCCAAACCGCCCCCCACACCGGGAUUUGGCGGAUUUACUAUGUCCCAGCCUCCACCGACCCCCGGGUUCGGGGGAUUUCAGCUAUCUAGCUCGCCCCCACCACCAUCGAGACUAGGCGGCGGCUUUUCCCUUUCCAAACCCCCACCAGCGCCGAGACGAGCACCCCCCGCGAUUCCCCGGCCACCCCCAUCACCCGGGUUCGCACCGCUCGAGCUGUCACGACCGCCCAUGUCUCCCGGCUUUGCGCCCUCCGACCCGUUCGCGAGACCACCGCCGUCUCCCGGCUUCGGCGCACACCGCUUCGGCGCAAAACUGGGCGCAUUCAACGGGUUUGCCUCGCUCAACAUCGGGCCCGCCCCCAAACCCAUCGAGAACCACACCCUUCCGCCAGAACCCCCAACCCCGGGCCGGCCCGCCGUCGCCAUCCUCCCGAGCUUUCCCGACGACGAUGCGCUGCUAUCCCCGCGCGUGGAAACCAUGACGAACAACCCGAUCCACGAAACCUUUGGCGCGGCGGCCGCUGUCUCUAAUUCGCCCAAGGCAAAAGACGCGGCACCGGCACCGGCACCGGCACCCUCACUGGCGGGUUUCCAAUUUGCCGAGAUCCCACCUACGCCGAGCGAGAGCGGAAGCGGGGGCGCAUUGUUUUCGCCGCGCGAGACCAUGUUUCCGCGUAAUCCGUUCUACCCGUUCAGUCGGCCGACACAGGUGGCAGAUCCGAGGAGUCCACCUACAAAGGGGGAGACGCCGAUUGUGCGGUCUAUUGAUGAGAUGAUUUAG